CUAUCAAGAAUUAUAUUAAUUACCUUAUAGUAAGAGGAACAUUUGUACUUUGAGAAACAGGGUUUUAAAUACAAUGUACACAACAGUGUUAAAAUGAACAAAUAACACAAUGAAGAAAUUUAUGAUGUAGGACCUCCUACCGAACUACAGGAAUACAUGAAAUAGGUAACAUGAAAACGGGCAUGGAAAGUGCCACGCCAAUAUUUUUUUUUAUAAUCGCCUCUCUUGAAUAAACGCACCGAAGCCUCCAAAAAUUUUAUAUUCGCCACAUUUCUAAUUUUUCAAAAAAAAUGUUUCUUUUCAAUUUUAUUUUUUUCCAAUUUUUUUUAUACCAAAGAAGACGUGCAGACGGGGGUAAUCUAAACUAAUAAUUUUUUUUAUUGGACCUUAUAUUGAUUAAGAUAGGACAAGGCCAAAGCAAAAAUGUGAGCACAAUUAAUCAUCAAAGACUUAUAUGAUUGAAAUGAAAGUAUAGCCCUAUGUGGGGCUUAGGCCUAAAGUCUCAUAUUUUGAUGUAUGAUUUGCUUUUGACCGAUUUUUUAUUUUUUCCUUCAAUUUUUUAUGUCAAUUUCUGUAUUUUUUAUAUAUUAUAUAUUUUAAACUUUUGUUUCAUUAUUCAGCCAUGUGCUGCAAUGUAUGCAUUAUUUACUAGAAGAUUGUAAAAAAAUAUCCCAAUGUUUAAAUUGUAAAAAAAAAAAAAGUCACCCAAAAACAUAACUGUCAACCCCACUGCAUCCCCACCCACUCACUGACACCUACCCACCUACUGCCUUCCCAUCUCUCCACACAGCACAAUCCAUGCAUAUCCACAUGACCCCAACGAUUGUACAUUCAGAUGGUAAGCCUCACUAACCAGCACCACAGAUUUAUGAGUGAAAUUGGUGAACAAUAUCCACGGCCUAAAUAAUACCUUUGCUGUAUUCUAUUUCUAGUCAUUAAUAGUGUGAGCUAAGAAAAUGUACGGUAGUAAGUUUAUUCACAGUAUAAAUAAAUCAAAUAAUUUUUGUAAAAACAAUUUAUUAAACUGAUUACAGUAUUUUUUUUUUUUAGGUAAAAAUAUAUGGGUUUUUCCUUCCAAAAUGCAGAGUUGGUGCCAUAGUUUACAAGUACACUAUGAAGGAAUGCAUUUGCUGUGUGUUGCAGAUCAAACUCAGUGACAAGUUUUGAAAAAUAUUGCGCAUUAAUUUUUAAUUAGCAAAUACAAGGAAGUACAAUUGCCUAAAUUUAAUAAGUUGAGUAAUUUUUUUUGUGGUGAAUGAAUUAUACUAUUAAAAUAAUCAUGAAUUUUUAAUCAUUUUCAGAGCACAAAUUGUUUAACAUGGCAUUGCCUAAAGAAGUAUACUAUAAAAUAGUACUUGACAUAUCUUAUGAACUAGUGGAAGAGGAGCCGGAAGAUAUCAAGUACCUAAGUCGUGCCUUUCUACCACCAGAAGAACUGAAAGAUAUAAAAAACUUCAGAGACCUUGCUUCUAAAUUAGAAGAUAAUAAAGUAUUUAGUGAAGACAAUCUUCAAGAGCUUGAAAGAUUGUUGAGCGAGAUUAAAAGAUUUGAUCUUGUCCAGAUGGUAAAAGAAACUAAAGCCAAACAUGUCAGUGCACAAGGCCAGCAUGGAGGAGCGUUUCAUAAUGAUGCAUCAAACUUGGCUGGUAAAACUACAGGCAGAUUAGAAUCUGAUCUUGAAACUGAUGACUCUUCACCUAUGGAGACUGAUGGUGCAGGGGCAACUUUAGGAGAUUUAAAGCACUAUUGCCAUCCACCGGAAAAAGAUAGCAUUGUGUUUUUUCCACAAAAAAAUAGCCAAUCAGAAGAACUCAACAGAGAGCAGAGUAAGCUUAUAUCAUGUCUAAAAACUGAAUUCUCCAGAAACCCCCUCACAAAAG